GUGUGCAUUUAAUUCCAUCUAUUACUAUUGAGCUAAACAUGUAAUAUGGGCCUGCUCAUAAUGUGUCUUGUGAGAAGAAGGGGUCAUCUACAAUCAGUUUUGUCUUUUUGAUCAUGGUCAAUAAGAAUGCAUGAACAGAUGGGAGCUGAUCCCACACCGAAAGGCUUUAUGAAUACAGAACCUGGUUAAUUUUAAACCAUCACACAUUUGAGCCGUGCUUUCCAUGUACAUCCUGAGCAUUAUAAACAGUAGAAUAACAGACACACACAAACACACACACACAUCCCGCUCCUAUUCUUUUCCAACAGUGGCAGGAAGUUGCCACAUAUCCGCAGAGCUUCUGAAAAAGACUGAAAAGGACAAGUGGUGUCGGGGGGUAGCAGCACUGGAGAUGAGGGUGUACCGCUUCAGACUGUUCACACAGUCCUGUUGGUCGUGGGCACAUUCAGCAACACUGUGAGACAACAAGUUCCAAAGGAGAAACCCAGAGAAAUAUCCCACAGAACUGUACCGGUGCUGGAGUACAGACCUGCUGGACCUGCCGUAGUCAGACUAAGGCGUUGGACCGAAGCACCUUGGUACCGUUAAGAGGACGGUGAGAAAGGCCAUAGCCCUGACCCCCAUCCUCCUGUCUGGGAUCUGGAACCAUUAUGCUGGUACUGUGGACGACCGUUCUGUUGGGUUUGAACAGGUGGUGUCGAGCAGCAUCUCCUGGAGGUGAAGCGUGGGCCCUGUGUCCCAACAGACAUUGUAAGGCCAAGUUCAGUGACGGGACAUGUGAUAAGGAAUGCACUGAGCCAGAGUGUCUGAAAGAUGGCUUUGACUGUCUGAGGGACAGAGGAAAAUGCAUUUCAGGCCACAUCCACUACUGCCGAGACCACUACGCCAACUCUCACUGUGACCAGGGCUGUGACAGCGCCGCCUGCGGCUGGGACGGCGGUGAUUGCCACAGUCACCACAGCCCUCUGUGGGCUAAGGGUACCCUGCUCCUCCACAACCGCGUCCCCCUGCAACACGGAACCUUCUCCAACAGUUCCCUUCUCUGGGCCCUCAGCACCCUUCUCCAGACACCCCUCAAACUGCGGGGCGCAGCGUCUCUCGACCACAGCAAGGACCUCUUUGCCUUUAACCCCCAGCAGCUCGAAAACCUGCUGUCUCAAGCUCCGUCGGCCGACUCAUAUGGCUCACUCCUGUUCCUGCAAGUGGAUAACAGGCCGUGCUCCCGCCUCCCCUCGGCCUGUUUCCCGUCCGCCAUUGAAGCAGCUCACUUCCUGCGGGCUGCGACGUCGUCCAGUCGCACGGCGGUUGCCUCGCACCCAGAGCUGAAUGCCAUUAUAAGCCUGAGAGGCGUUAAGGAAGAAAUAGGAACGCGAGAGGAGGACCAAGAUGAGACAAACAGUGCUAUACCUCCAUGGCUUUGGGCUGUGAUCGGCGUCGCAACGGGCCUGGUACUAGCGUUGGUCUUUGUGGUGGUCUUGGUGAUCAGGAGGGUGAGGGGGCGAGGAGCAGAGAGGGAGGGAGUGGGAGGAGAGAGGAUUAGACACAGGUCCAUUGUCACCGACAACGACAGCAGAGCCAGUGGGGCCAAAGCUUGGGCUCAGCACACACCCCACCGAGAGCACAGCGGCGUGACAGGGAGGGAGAAAGACAGGAACGGGGUGAGGAAGAAGAAGAAAGCAAAAGAGGCAGAGAGGAAGAGACGCAAAGAGCCACUGGGGGAGGAUGCCAUUCGACUGCGACCCCUCAAAAAGGACCUGGAUAUUGGAAGUGACACUGACUUUACCCAGAGUUCCAUGGAGGACAUCAACAGGUCCAUCUGUGACCACCGAACCCAGGAGCAGAAGCACUACGGCAGCCCUCCGAACCACCCACAGACGCCCAUACAGCCUCUACUUUUAGCUCCCCCUAGAGGAUGGGAGAGAAAUGCUGUUCCAUCACCACACCACAGAACACCCAAUCAAUCCGCUCCGGUUCAGUGGUGUGGUCCAGAUGGAUCGGUGGUCCUGAUUCGUGCCGUCCGGAGUGGGCUUGAUCGUGUGGUCCUGGAGCUUCUAAGAGCUGGGGUGCCAGUCAACAACACAGAUCACACUGGAAGAUCAGCCCUUCACUGGGCAUGCUCAGUUAACCACCUCUCCUUGACAAGAACACUCAUUCGCUAUGGUGCCGCAGUGGACCUGCAGGAUAAUAAGGGUGAAACCGCUCUGUUCCUCUCGGCCCUCCAUGGAUGCUACGACACCGCCAGGUUCCUGCUGCUUAACGGGGCCAACCAGGAUCUUCCUGAUCGCAGGGGGCGCCGGGCGAUACAUGUUGCUCAAGAGAGCAUGCAUCAUCAGGUCCUGGAGCUCCUGUUGGCCCACAGGGCUCAGAGGGGCCCUAUCCAUAUGGAACAAGCCAGUGACAUGUUGUGGGACGAGCGUGCCCUGCUGUACGGCCAAUGCGUAAACUCCCCUGGACUCCCUGGUAGAAGUGCCUCCUUCUCUGGGACUGUAGGGCAUCGUGAUAUGGCUUCGCCUACGCAAAGUGAUUGGUCAAUGGGCAGAGUGCAGUGUCCUUCGCCCCAGAACUGGCGGCCACAGGUCAACCAAUCAGUGACUGCGUUGGUCACCCCACGAAUAAUGGGCCGUUCCCCACGGCCAAUCAGUACUCUGCAGGAAGUUACCUCAGAGGACGAAGACCGUGAACGGACCCACGAAGUCCCAAGAGCAGUGACACCGCACUUCCUGUUACCCCAGCCUGCUCCUCGACAGCGGUCUUUCUCUUGCACCCAGAAUGCACUGCAGCGCCGCUCUAGUGCACACCAGCCCGAACCAAAUUAUGUUGCUUUAUCAGAGAAAAUAUCCAAUGAGCCCGUAGACAGAGUGAUCGUAGCCCCUCCUACAGAAGUUCCCACACAAACAGAAUGCAGAUCAGUAGUCAACAAUGGCACUGCCAACCCCAGCAGGGCUGAGCCAGAGAAUGAGGCAGUAAACUCCAAAAACGCAAUCCAGAAAACCAGAGGUGAGAAACAAAAUAACGUGCCUGAUUCUAACCAAACAGCCUUGUAGAGAUUUUUGUAAGAAAUCAUGCUCAAAUUGUCUUGCCCCAAAACUCUAAUCAGGCACAGUAUACAUUUCCAGUAAUUGCCCCUUCAUAAUUAAUUGACACAGGACUUAUAGUCAGUUAAAGUCUGUAAAUGAAUUGAAUGUACAUAUCUAUAGAAAUAAACUAUGCAACUAUU